CUCCCAUUCCCACACUCUCUUUUUCUCCAUAACCAUUCAAAAAUGGAGCCUUCCAAAAUUUAUUCCCUCUUCCUCAUUUGCAUGCUUUUCAUUUCCUCAGCCUCUCCCAUCCUCGGCUGCGGUUCAUGCAGCGGCAAACCCCCUAGAAAAACCAAGCCCGGUUCCGGUUCAAAGUCCCCCAAAGGCCCCAUCACCCUUCCCCCCAUCCCCAUCAAGAUCCCUCCCGUGGUUCCAAUCCCUUCCGUCCCCAUUCCUCCUGUGGUUCCAAUCCCCUCGGUCCCCAUUCCUCCGGUGGUUCCAAUCCCCUCGGUCCCCAUUCCUCCGGUGGUUCCUAUCCCAUCUGUUCCCAUUCCACCAGUACUCCCAGUCCCUCCGAUUCUUGGAAAACCGUCGCCAGGGGUAAACACACCGUGCCCACCCUCGGGGAAAGAGACUUGUCCGAUUGACACGUUGAAGUUGGGAGGGUGUGUGAAUCUAUUGGGAGGGUUGGUGCACAUUGGAAUAGGGGACCCUGCAGCGAAUGCAUGUUGCCCUAUAAUAUCAGGGUUGGCUGAAUUGGAAGCAGCUGUUUGUCUUUGUACAACACUUAAGAUUAAGGCUCUUGACCUUAAUAUCUAUGUUCCUAUUGCUCUUCAGCUCCUUAUCACUUGUGGAAAAACCCCUCCUCCUGGCUACACUUGCUCCCUUUAGACAACAACAAAGAAAAAACAACAACAACAAAAAGGGUUGAUUGAUGUGGUAUGGAAAUGGAGUCGACAUGAGAGGAUGUCGAGUCAAAUCUUUGUCUCUAUUUUUAUUUUUCGAUUUAUUUUAUUUUUAUUGUAUGGAAUUGCUGAUGUUGUAAACCAACUUAUUUUUAAAAUUGUGAUAGUUAUUGUUGUUUAAUGUUGUGUUGUGGAUUAUUAGGCAAGAAAAGCAAAAUCUCAGUUGCCUUUGUGUUUCCUUAUUUA